AUGGGACCUCCCGGUGGUCUCAUCAACACGACAUCUUCUUUAACGCCUGAUAUGGGACAACUGGAGACCGACUUUGAUUACCUCACUUCCCCCGCCCUCACUGGUGGGGGAUAUGGUCUGAACCUCGAUCCAUACCAACCUUUCUCUCAUCCACAUUCACCUUCAGCGUAUAGCGCUUUUUCAGGUUCAUCUAAGAGAAGACGAACAGGUCUUGAUGGCUGGUUUACACCUUUAUCACCUAGAGGAUUGGCUUUACAAACUGUUCAAACAACCUUGAUCACAUUCAAGGAUCAUCAUGCAGCCGAGCCGCUGAGGAGAGGUCCGAUCGCCCUAGCAGUCCAACGUCUGGAAUCUGGCCUUGAUGCUGAUACGAUCAAUAUAAUCAAGUCUAUCAUUGAUGACAUGAAAGAAGAUCAAGCUGUCUCCGAUGAUAGGAGCGUCCUCUGGAUGUGCAAUGAGACUAUCAAAGCGUUAAACACUUUGGAGAAAGAUUUCACGUUUGAUAUUGACAAUGGCUCUGGUCGUGAUCAUCAAGGUUCCCCCAUUGGGAAAGGUGGGAAACGUUCACAUCCUGAUAAUUUCCCAGCAAUAUCGACGGUCACUGAGCCGUCUGCCGAUACGGUUACUUCAGAUGAAGAUUCAGUGGAAAUGGCACCCCCCGCUCGACGAUCCGGAAAUGAGGCUGCAGGGCCGAAAUCAUGCAAUAGUUGUACCGAAUCGAACACGAAAUGUACGACUUUCGUGAGCACAAGGGUAGAUGGUAGUGUCUACUAUGCCAAGUGUGGAGAAUGCCACGAGCGCAGAUCAAAGUGUUCCCUGGCGACUAGAGAACACCUUCAGCCAUACAAGGGCGAUAUGACCUUGAUUGAAGAUUUCAUUGAAAGGGUCAAGUCCACAAGAGCCAGGAGGGUGUACGAAUCCCCUAAGGAGAAGGAACAGGCAAGAGAGGGGUAUCUGACCAGCAGGUCAAAGACGGCCAGACCCGAAGAAGCAGCAACGGCGGCGAACACAGUGACGGCCACGAAAGACAGCGUGAUUGAACUGACGUCUGGGAGGGAUGCGUUUGGUCAGUCACUCCGACGUAGAAAUAGAUCCUGA